UGCUCGAGCUGCACGCCAAGGGCCCACCCGGCCACCUGUUCCGGCACCCCCGGCCUGCUCCAGGGUCAUGGAUAUGGACCUUUUACAGUUCCUGGUGUUCCUGUUUAUCCUGCUAGCAUCUGGGACAGGAGUCACAGGCACCCUGAGGACCUCCCUUGACCCAAGCCUGGAGAUCUACAAGAAGAUGUUUGAGGUGAAGCGGCGGGAGCAGCUGUUGGCAUUGAAAAACCUGGUACAGCUGAAUGAUGUCCACCAGCAGUACAAGAUCCUUGAUGUCAUGCUCAAGGGGCUCUUUAAGGUGCUGGAGGACUCCCGGACAGUGCUCAUUGCUGCAGACGUGCUCCCAGAUGGGCCCUUCCCCCAGGACGAGAAACUAAAGGAUGCUUUCUCCCAAGUGGUGGAGAACACAGCCUUCUUCGGCGACGUGGUGCUACGCUUUCCAAGGAUUGUGCACCACUACUUUGACCACAGCUCCAACUGGAAUCUCCUUAUCCGCUGGGGCAUCAGUUUCUGCAACCAGUCGGGCGUUUUUGACCAGGGGCCCCACUCGCCCAUCCUCAACCUGAUGGCCCAGGAGCUGGGGAUCAGUGAGAAAGACUCUGACUUCCAGAACCCAUUUAAAGUAGACCACACAGAGUUCCUUUCUAGCACCGACCCUUUUCAGAAGGCCCUGAGAGAAGAGAAUAAACGCCGGAAGAAAGAGGAAAAGCGGAAAGAGAUCCGAAAAGGCCCGCGGAUCUCACGUUCCCGGUCUGAGUUAUAGCCCUGUUGCAGCCCAGAGUUCAAGGGGCCAGGAGGAAGAGGAGGAGGCAGCGUGGCCAAGAUGAAGCGGCACUGACUGGUUGGCGGUGAGAGUCAUCCCUGUGAGAGCAGAGGCCAUGUUUACUUGGCCCCCUGGAGCCAGCUUUGAGCCCUAGCUGAAGGGACUGGGCCACAGAGGGCCAGAUUUCCUCCCAGGGGCCUCCUGGAGGGGACGCUGAAGGGACCUUCAGAGGCCGCUGUGCGGCAGACUUAACCCUGCGGAGAGGCUGGGGGAGGUAGGAGGGGUCCAGGGCUGGACCUUCCUGGUGGGUUAGGACUGAUGGCUGGCUGGUUGCUGCCCUCUGUGGGGAGGUAGCAGAACCAGGCUUUGCGGAGCCACACCUGCUGCUGGCUCCACUGUGUCACUGAGCCAAGUAGCACAGGUUUCAGCCCCCUGCAGAGACAUAAUAAAAGCCAGCAAACCCUC